AUGUCACUGGAGCAGUAUCACGACUUCGCGACCGAUCUGGCGGUGCGAGCAGGCGCAUUGCUAUGCCAGAGCGCAUUCACACGCGCUCAGGCCGGAUAUUGCCCUCCCUCUCCCACCACGUCUCUUCCCUCGUCGACGGACAACACGGCAGCUCUCAAUAUCAAGGACAAGGACUCAAGCGUCGACGUCGUGACCGACACUGACAUCGCCGUCGAGAACUUCAUCAUCGGCGAGAUCAAGCGACGAUUCCCAGAGCACCGUAUCCUGGCCGAGGAGACAUAUGCUGCGGGCGGCAGCAAGAAGUUCGAGCUGGGCGAUGAGCCGACGUGGAUCGUUGACCCGCUGGAUGGAACCGUCAACUACGUGCACCUCUUUCCGCUCAUUUGCAUCUCGAUUGGAUUGACGAUCAACAAACAUCCCGUUGUCGGCGCCAUCUACGCUCCUCUGCUCGGCGGAUUUGACGUACGGGCAUCGAGGGGCACGCUGUGGUCCUCCUGUCAAGGUCUUGGAGCGUUCCAAUCUUUUCCUCGCACCGAUAACCCGACGACGCAUACCUUGUCCUGGCUGCAGCGACAUGCGCACGGGCUACGGCGUUCGCCAUCGACCGGACCGGAGGCGCAAGACGACCUCGGCGAUAAUCCGAGGCCGCUUCGUCUUCCUCUGUCGCCACUACGUCUUCUUUCCGAGACGGCGCCAUCCGGACUGCUGGUCGCUUCGGAAUGGGGUAAAGAUCGUCGACCUUCGCCAGAAGGCAACCUGAUGCGAAAGGCGAACACUUUUCUCAAUCUGGCAUCGUCCCGCAGCGGUAUCGACAACGGACAGGGAGGACGGAAGGGCGGAGGAGUGCAGGUGCAUGGUAUCCGCAGUCUGGGCAGCGCGGCGCUCGAUUUGGCUUACUGCGCCUCCGGUUCCGUCGACGUGUUCUGGGAAGGAGGGUGCUGGGAGUGGGAUGUCUGCGCCGGUCUCGCCAUCCUCUACGAAGCGGGCGGCAUGGCCACCGACGCCAACGCACCACCACCUGGGUCGAGGUUCUGGGACGCCAACGAAGAUGUUCCCGCCGCGUCGUUGGGAGCGAGGCGCUUUCUCUGCAUCAGGCCUUGCUGCGACAACGACAAGACGGGCGAGACGGCCAAGGAGGCUCAGCGCAGAGUUGCGAGGGGCGUGUGGAAGGCGCUGGACCAGGGCGGUCUCGACUACAACAGGGAGGGAGUCACCUAUGCAGAGUAG